UAAUCCUUUUUCUCUCUCCUAUGCUCUCUCUCUCUCUCUUCUGCUUUCUUCUUCCCUGCCGUGUAGAGCCCGCAGCCUGCAAAUGUGUUUUGGAGUUAUUCCUUUGAGUGGAGUUCGGUUGAUUCCCCGCAUUCAAUUGGGGGCCUCGAAUUCUGGUUGUCUAAGCGGAUUUUCCUUUACAUGAAACAAUCAAUGAUAGUCAAGCUGCUGAUUCUUGGGUGAGAUUAAAUUCGACCAAGUUGUAUACUAACAUAUGAGAUGUGUCACGAAUGCGGUCCGGAUCCAUUGAAAUCAUGUAACAUAUGCUCUUGUCGAGUUUCCAGGAAAACCAUUUGUGGGGACUUCAUAAUUUCCAGUUUCUCUUCUGAAUUUCACUUCAAAGGAGGGCAAACAAGGCUCCGUAAAUUUAAUUGGUUCCACCCCUUAUUCACCACCUUGUGGUAUCGGUCCUGCUAGUUCACUUUCAAGCUACUCGAGUUGCUCAUCUGACUUUGGAGAGAUUCCUGUUGAUCUAAUGCAGAUCAGGGAUGAUCAUGUUGAAGGAUCCAACGAUACCAUGGAUGAAGAUGGCUCCAACCAUAAAUUGCCCAUUCAUCCACAAGACCAUGUGGAUGGAGGUGCUGUCAAAAGCAUUGACGAGCCCAUUUCCAAUGAUACGAAUGGGCAUGGUGACUUAAGCAACGGUAGGAUCUCAAUGUACCAUACUAGAGAGGCCAGUAAUGGUGAUAACACAGAGUAUAGCUCAGAUGGGACUGAAAAUGGGGAACUUGGAAAGAAAGACUCAGAGCUUCCUGAGCCCUUUGAUAUUGAAACCAAUGGCAUGAUAUGGAUACCCCCCAAACCUGAAGAUGAAGAGGAUGACAUGGAGUGUAGUGUAGCCAAUGAUGAUGAUGAUGAUGAUGACAAUUACAGUGAUGGUGCAAAGUGGGAUAAAUCAAGCUCUCUAGGAAGCUUUAGCAAGGAUAGCUGUAACAGCUUCAGGUUGAAAGAGGAGCGCCACAAGGCCAUGGUGGAGGUGAUGAAUGGGCAUUUUAGGGCACUUGUUGGGCAAUUACUCUUGUCUGAGGGCAUCCCUCUCAACCAUGGGGUGGACCAAGAUAAGAGCUGGCUCGAUAUAGUAACUUCGUUGUCAUGGGAAGCUGCAGUUCUUGUUAAACCAGAUGCGAAUGAGGGAAGAGCCAUGGAUCCCGGAUGCUAUGUCAAGGUUAAAUGUGUUGCAUCUGGUACACGAAGCCAAAGUGAAGUCAUCAAAGGCCUUGUCUUCAAGAAGAAUGCAGCGCACAAGCAUAUGGCAACCAAGUAUGGACAUCCUAGAUUGCUACUUGUUCGUGGUGUGCUUGGGCAACGAUCAAGUGGGUUAGCAUCAUUUGAUUCUUUGUUGGAACAUGAGAAAGAAGACCUUAGAUUGAUACUUGAGAAGAUAGAGUUAUGCCAGCCAAAUGUGGUUCUCGUAGAGAAAAGUGCUUCUCGUGAUGUUCAGGAGUCUCUUUUGGGAAAAGGGGUAACAUUGGUGUCGGAUAUGAAGCUCCAGCGUCUAGAGCGCAUCGCUCGAUGCACUGGUUCACAGAUAGUUUCUUCUGCUGAGAACCUGAUGAAGUCGAAUUUGAAGCAAUGUGAUCAUUUUCAUAUUGAUAGGUUUGUGGAGGAACAUGGCAGUGCUGGUGAAGGGGGUAAAUGUUUAAACAAGACACUGAUGUUCUUUGAGGGUUGUCCAAGACCUCUGGGCUGUACGAUUCUGCUGAAGGGAGCCCAUGGUGAUGAGCUGAAAAAGGUAAAACGUGUGAUGCAAUAUGCUGUAUUUGCAGCAUAUCAUCUGAUCCUGGAGAUUUCAUUUCUUGUAGAUCAAAGGGCAAUGUUUUCUAAUGUUCUCCCGAGUUCGGCAGCAAGUAAUACCUUAGCGGAUAAGCAAAUGCCUUCUGGUUGCCCUACUUCUGUGUUUAGUUCAAAUAUCCAUGGUCCAGAAGCACUUCAAGAAAAAAUUGCUCAAGAAGAUGCGGGCCAAGUAUGUAUAUUUCAUCCAUCUCCUGUUGAAUCCAGUGGAACCCAUCAUUUAGAUGAAGGAAAAAAAUCUCGCAUCACUGCAUUUAAUCCUUUGGGAGAAGUCAAUACUGACGGAAAUGCGCUGGACCCACCAAUAUCUUCAUUUGCCCCAUCUUUUGAUGAUGGCUUUGGGCAUCCAGAUAAAGUUAUAGCUUAUGAAAAUGUGCCCUCCGUUCUUCCAGACCAAUUACUGUCCUCAUUGUCAUCUUCUAUUAGGAAAUAUCUGGGAGAAAGCUUUGUUCCUCCCCCUUCUUACUACUCAAUUUCAAAAUACUUUGGCUAUAAUUUACUGGACCUAGAGAGUGUGAGUCCAAGAACAUUGUCUGUUUCUCCAUCUCGUGAGACCCUUGCAAGCGAAUUACCGUUAGAAGGGGGUAGGAAGAAUGAAGAGCAAUGCCCUGAUGAGAUUCAUGACGGGGAGGUCAUUACUGCAGCCAUCUCAGGCCAAUGCGAGAAUUCAGAUGGCAAUAGCAAUAGUAAUGGUAAUGGUAAUGACAAUGAUGUCGUGGUGUCUAUGGAUGCAACCAAACCAGUAAUGGAUCCCCAAAGCAUUUUGGUUUUGCUGUCGAGCCGCUGUAUCCUUAAAGGGACUGUUUGUGAGAGGGGCCUUCUUUCUCGUAUAAAGUACUAUGGAAGCUUUGACAAGUCUCUUGGACGGUUCCUGCAUGACAAUUUACUCAAUCAGAAUCAUCGCUGCUCAGUCUGUGGAGAGCCACCUGAAGCUCAUGUUCUCUGCUACACUCAUCAAAAUGGUAGGCUCACAAUAUUUGUCAAACAACUUCCCCAAUCACUCAGCUUACCUGGAGAAGCAGAUGGCAAGUUAUGGAUGUGGACUCGAUGCUUGAAAUGUAAGAGAGAAAAUGGGAUUCCACAAGCCACUCCGAGGGUGGUAAUGUCAGUCGCUGCUCAAAGCCUUUCAUUUGGGAAGUUCUUAGAGCUCAGCUUCUCAAAUCACACCGCAGCUCGUAGAUUAGCUAGUUGCGGACAUUCUCUGCACAGGGAUUGCCUUCGUUUCUAUGGGCUUGGGUCUAAGGUGGCACUUUUGACUUAUUCUGCUGUUGAUGUAUAUGGUGCAUACAUGCCACCGCUGAUGUUGGAGAUCUCGAAUCCAAAUGGCCAAGAGUGGCUGAAAAGCAAAGCCAAAAAUGUGAUGGAAAAAGAAAAUUUGUUGUUUAAGGAAGUUGAGAACUCCAUUCAGAAACUGAAGUCUCAGUAUUCUUGUUCACAAUCAAAGUAUGUUGGGGCAUGGGCCGGUCCAGUAAAAGGAUUCUUGGAGCUAGAGGAAAUGUUGAGGCUGGAUAAAUCUGUUUUUGAGGCAUCUUUGCAGAAGGCCAUUUCGAGAACUGGACAGCAAGAUCGGAUUUUACAUGAGAUUUUCUUUCUAAAUCGCUUGGACUGGGAACUUAUGCUUCUCCUCUACAUUUGGGAUCGUCGUUUGAUGUUUGUGAAAAAGUCCCUGAGCACUGCUCAUAGUGAUGCGCGAUUCAAUAUGGGAGCUUCUGUGGUUCAGGAACCUGACGACAGAUGCUCUCUUACUGAUGAUAAAAGUGAUUCCCAGAAUUGUGUACAGUUCUUUAUAGAUGGUGAAGCUGCCAAAAGUAAUGAUGAGAGGAAAACAUUAGAAAUUGAUUGCGUUUCUGGUCCUGAUUUCCAUGCAAAUUUGGAGAAAGAUGCAUCUCUAUCCUCAUUUGAUAAUCAAGUGGUGCAUUAUAGCCAAAACUUUAACGAGAUGGAGGAGGUUGAUGUAGAAAGAUUGUCAGAAGGCACAACUAUUUGCAAUGAAUUACCUGAUGUUCAGACGCAUGCAAAAUCCACUGGGAAAGAGAUGAACCAUCCUUCUUUUGAGACUGAAGCUUCCUUGAACCCUAGAGUGCACUACUUGGAAAGUGACAACUCUGUUGAAGUACCUGGAGAAGAGCACAAAUUUUCAGCAGAGAGUGGGGAACUGAAUGUACCUGAUCCUUCUGCGAGCUUGGCUGAUACUGCUGCUACAACCCAAAUUAGCAGUGGGGAUCAUCUAGGACCCACUUCUAAUGAAUUGGAGGUGGAAAGAGUACCUGAUUCAGCACCCAUGGUUUCAUCAUCAUCUCAUUCUUCAUUGUCUGAAAAUUUAGAGAACUCUGAAAGUUGGGUCUGGCUUCCUUUUUCAGAAUCUUGUAAGGUUUAUAGUAGAGACCUUCAGAGAGGGUUUUCACCCAAGUUCGAGUUCAUUGGUAAGUAUUCUCCAGGUUAUCUCUCCUUGGCUAGUGAAACAAUCACCCAUGAAGGAUCCAGGUUGCACUUCCCAACUGGUGUCAAUGAUAGUGUUGUCUCCCUAUACGAAGAUGAGGUUACAAGCAUAAUUGCUUGUGCCUUGUCCUUAUUGCAGAAUCAAUAUAACCAUUCAUCUGAUAGGGAUUCAAAUAGAAGCAUGGAUGGUAAUUUGGAUAAAGAAACUGAAAACCUGUUUUUGGCUCCAAGUACCAUUAGGGUUUCUUCAAUUGGGUCUUUAGAUAGUUUGGAUACAUCAGAGAUAUCAUCUGAAAGAAGUACAUCUUCUGAAGAAAUGUCUACUUCAGGCUCUGAUAGGACAGAUUCUUUGCUUGCAUCAAAGGCCUUGCAUCCUGAGAUCUCACUUGGUCAUGGAAGGGGAGCUGGGAAAGGGAAGUACUCAGUUGUUUGCUUAUAUGCCAAAGAAUUUGAUGCUCUUAGAAGGAAGUGCUACCCUGCUGAACUUGAUUUUAUCUCUUCCUUAAGCCGUUGUAAGAAAUGGAAUGCUCAAGGGGGAAAGAGUAAAGUUUUCUUUGCAAAGACAUUGGAUGAUAGAUUCAUCAUAAAGCAAGUGAAAAGGACUGAGUUUGAUUCUUUUUUGAAGUUCGCUCCAGGGUACUUCAAGCACAUUUCUCACUCUUUUAGCGCAGGGAACCCUACUUGCCUUGCAAAAAUUUUAGGCAUAUAUCAGGUUGGCAUUGUUAAUCCAAAAAGUGGGAAGGAUCUGAAAUUAGAUGUGAUGGUAAUGGAGAACCUGCUAUUUGGCCGCAAUGUUACACGCUUAUAUGAUCUUAAAGGCGUUCUUCAUUCUCGAUACACUUCGGAUGCUAAAGAAAAUGGCAAAGUUCUAUUAGAUCAGAAUUUUGUGGAAGAUAUGUUGACUUCUCCAUUAUUUAUGGAUCGAAAAGCCAAGCAUCUUCUCGAACGUGCAGUUUGGAAUGACACUUCGUUUCUUACUUCGAUCAAUGUCAUGGAUUAUUCUUUACUUGUUGGAGUGGAUAUGGAGCGACGUGAAUUUGUAUUUGGUAUUAUUGAUUAUAUGAGACAAUAUACGUGGGACAAGCAUCUUGAGACAUGGGUGAAGGCUUCUCUUGUUGUUCCCAAGAAUGCAUUGCCCACAGUGAUAUCACCAAAAGAGUACAAGAAGAGAUUUCGAAAGGCUAUGUCUACAUACUUCUUGACAGUUCCGGAUAUUUGGUGCCCUAACCAGUCCUGGGGUUAUUGUGAUGGCAGCAAAAUUGGUUGUCAUCUAAAUCAGUCCGAGACAUCACAGUAGUGAAACAAUUCACCUACCCAAGUUAUACCAUGUCAGAAUACAGGAAUUUUCAUCAGAUAUUUAUACUUUUUUUUUUUGAAUGUCUGAUAUUUAUACUUUCUUCCACAUUCUUUUUUCUCAUCUGUUCUUUUGAAUAUUAUUUGUUGUAAGGGUUGUACAUAAAUAGGUGGCAAUUUAAAGCCCCUCAAGUAUUUUGCCAUCUGUUUUGCAUAGUCCAGGGGAUGUUUUGUUACCCCACUCGGCUAUCAAAUAUUGAUAUCUGUGUUUGUUCAACUUGUUUCAAUGGCUGUGGAAAAAUUGUUUUAUAAAGAUUGUAAUAUAAUCAAGGUGUCAAUAUUUCUUCUUC